AUGAGAAAUCUUAAUGUCAACUCAUCCUACGACCAGAACCAUCAAACAGGCAAACAAAAAUACAGAAAAAAUUCAAUAUUUCUCUUUCUUGUGUUUUUAACACUUUUUAUUCUAUUUGAUCUCAUUUUGCCUUUAUAUAACAAGAGUUUAUAUGCUGGAUUUGGUAGUGGGCAUGGCUUUCACUAUCCCGUAACAACGUCGUUUAUUCAAGUGAUAUGCACUGCCAUUAUUUUACUGGUAGCAGUGCUGUUGCAUCGAUUAAUCAUGAUUAAAUUCAUUGAAGUGAAACAACCAUACUUUAUAUUUAGCGGAGGAUUGAAAGCAUUUCUGUUAAAAGUGAAGGAGUUAAUACUGGUUGGAUUUCUCUUUGCAGGAGUGAUUGUACUCACAAAUUUAGGUCUUGACAAAGCCUCUAUCAAUAUCAACGUGUUACUUCGAACGUCAAGCAUUUUCUGGAUCAUUGUGCUCUCAUUUCUCAUUCGAAGUGAAAGGCCGACACUUCUUCAAGUACUUUUCGCACUCAUUGUGACAUCAGGAGCAAUACUAUUAAGCUUAGAUGUUGGAUUGGGAUGGAGUGUACAUGUCUCUAAUAUUCCAGCUGUGGUUGUGAAUUUAGCCUCUGCUUUCUGUACUGGUCUCAUGUUCGUCACUAUGCGAUUCGUAGUGACACGACAAGAAAAAUACGAGCAUUUGAGAAUGAAUAUUUUGGAAAUGACAAUGGUGAAAAUGUUUAUUGCAGCACUCUUCAUGCUCAUUCCAGCUUUGGUGAUGGAAACGAUUUUACCUUUUGCAGAUUCUAAACCAACAGUUUGGCAAGCCAUGUUCACUCGAUUGGAUAUGUUUGGAUUAGUAUUGGGAGGAGUGUUAGUCACACUGAUUUUUCAGAGUUCAGUGUUGGCUCUUACAGUCUAUUCAAAAGCGAUUAGUGUUGGCUUGAUACAACAAUUUUUGAUAUUUCCUCAAUUAGCAUUUUAUACCAUUAUUAGUGUUGCUCAUUUGGUUCCAAGAAGUUGGAAUAUUCAAUUAUUGAAACCAACAUGGUCACACAUUACUGGAAGUUGUUUAAUCAUUGUCGGAACAUUUUUAUAUGCAGUUUUGAGGGUUGUGAAAAUGAUCGAUCAGAAACGACGAUGGAGAGAGCAUGAGAAAUUUAUUGAGAAACAAAAAGAAGAGGACAAUGAAGUAAUUUCAUUGCUGAGAUCGAAAGAGCAAAAAGAGUCCAUACAAGGUCAGAUUCAAAAUCUACCACGAAAAUGGUACGAUUGGAUUUUAUAA